CUCAAGAGUUGAAAGUGUCGUUUGCGCGUCUGAUCGCUCUCCGCCUGGUCGCAAACGGUGACCGAUAGCGUUCAACGUUCGAAAUCUCAUCGCCCAGCACCCCUCGGGCAUGCACCGCCGGUGAGGCACUGCUCCUAAACACUGUAACCCAGCCUGGUGUUCUCUGGCCGCUCCUUCCUGAACCCUCGCGUCGUUUCCCCCUCUCCUCGAACCCCACCAUCGCGCCUUCUGAACAUAUCCCACGUCUGAAAAUCCCCAGAACGAGCCACCAGGUCCUGGGCCGCUUCUACCCGCGUAAGCAAAAUGAUUACAACGAGCUAUCCGCACCAUGCUGGAAUGCAGCAGCCGGGAAUGCCUCAUGGCCACCCCAUGGCGGGUCCAGGUCCGACUCCAGGCCAGCCCAUGGCCCAGGCCAUGCAGAUGCACCCUGGCGUAUCAGGUCCCAAUGGUCCUGUCAGCCAGGCCGGGCCUAUGAUGGGCGGUAUGCAGGCCGGUGUACCCAAUGCUCAUGCGCUUUCACAUCUCCAGCCUCAAGCCGCGCACAUGUUCCAGCAGCAGCAACAUCAACACAUGCAGAUGAACCCGCAAACCAUGAUGCAGACUCGCCAAGCUCAACAGGCUUUCAUGCACCAGCAGCGCCAGCAGCAGAUGCUCGCACAGCAGAAUGGCAGCAUGGGCAUGGGCUUCCCCAACGGCAUGAAUGCCAAUAUGACGCCGCAACAAAUGGCAGCGUUAGGGGGAGCACCAGCCAUGGGACAACCCUUUGUGAAUCUACCACCUCAUAUGCGCCAGCAACUCCAGCAACAGCAGACUAUGCACCAGCAAGCCGGUGCCAACUCUCAAGCGCAGGUUGCUUUGGCUCACGCACAAGCCGCUCAAGCUCAGGCCCAGCAACAACAAGCCCAGCAUCAACAUCAGAUGCAGCAUCAACACAGUCAGCAGCAGCAGCAGGCUAUUGCCAUGCAGCAUGCCGCCUCGCAGUCGAGUAACCAAAGCCAGCCAGGUAACCAAGGCCCCCCAACGACUACUCAACCCCAGCAAGGACCCUUACGCCCUCCAUCCGCGAUUGGUAGUCAUCAAGGCCAGGCAUCUCCAGCUCCUCAGCCAACCCCCCAGCAACCACAACAGCAAGGGCCGCAGCCUCAGCAACAACCCCCAGCGCAACCUGCUCCACAGAACGCCCCACAGCAGCCAAAUCCGCAGUCUCAAAACCAGCAAAUGCAACAGCAACAGCAGCAGCAACAGCAGCAGCAACAACAGCAGCAACAACAGCAACAGCAACAACAGCAGCAACAGCAGCAACAACAACAGCAACAGCAACAGCAACAGCAACAACAGCAACAGCAGCAGCAGCAGCAGCAGCAGCAGCAACAGCAACAGCAGCAACAGCAACAACAACAGCAGCAGCAUCAGCAGCAACAACAACAACAGAACCGUGUUUUGGCCCAGAAUCAACAGGCGCGACUAGCGAUGAUGCAAAAAUCCACACAAGGAGGGCAGGGAGCCUUGAGGCUUAUGAACUUCAUAGAUCAAAUUGGGAAAUUCAACAGCUCUCGGGGUGUUAAUAGUAUUGGAGUAUGGCAAUCUUUUGUGGACAAAUUCUUUACCGAGAGCGGCUCUUUCAUACAUGUCCUUUCCUCUCCGGCAAGCGCAAGGCCCAAGUUGUUCGAGGUCGUGUAUGCUGCACUGCCUCGAUAUUUCUACACCCAAUUCAACACAGAAGUCGAAAACCUCCAAAUCACCAUGGACGGGGCGAGUGAAAAGGCAACACCCACAGAAAUCAAGAUCUCUUGUGAUCGGGCAAAAUUUGUCUACACUUACAAGAACCAAUGUCAAGUCGUGUGUAAUGGAAAGUUAACGGCAUUCUGGGCUGGCUCCGAUAAAAUGGAAUGGCUACAAUUCGAAACGGAGAAACACGAGCAGUUUAUUCCACGAUCUGUUCUGGAACCGUUGUUUAUGCAACCCUCGCCGAGCCAGAUGAGUCAAACCCAGUCUCCGCGGAUGAACAAAUCUUCGGCCAAGCAAAGGCAACAACAACGACUGGUAAAGCCGGAGAACAUUGAGCCAUCCUUGAUGCUUUCGAAUCUCCCACAAGCCCCGAUACUCGAUUGGGGCAUCCCGGCUCCUUUGCUGACUUAUCUUGAAAUAUACGAAACCAUGAACAACAUGUCCAGCCUCAUGGCUCACUAUCAGGAGAACCCCAGCCUAAACCCCGCCCAAGCAAUGAACAGUUGGGUGAGCAGCAUGUCUUCCAACCCUACUCUGGCACAGCAACAGAAUGCUGCCAACCAAAUGCAAGGGCAUAUGGCCCAGAACCCACAGCAAAUGCUCCAACAACAGGGCAUGCAGCAACCGCAAAACAUUCCACCAGGAGCACGAACGCCUUCUGGCGUGGGUCAGCCUGGGGGCCCGCCUAACCAUCAAUUCAUGUCACCCGCCAUGGCCAACCAACUCCUCCCAAAUGCCAUGAAUGGAUCUCCGCAUUUGAUGCACCAGAACCACACGCCCUCGCCGGCAUCACACCCAAUGGCGGCUCACAACAGCCAGCAAGGCACGAAUAGCUCUGCAACCGCGAGUGUGAACACGUCCCCAAACGUCAGCAACAAGCGACGACGAAGUACAGCCAAAAUCGAAGGCGAUGAUGGCGGCGGUGUGGAUGUCAAUGGUACCGGAGGAGGGCAGAAGGUGAAACAAAGCCCUCGGGUGGGCGGCAACAAAAGAGUGAAAGCAAAUAACUAACCGAUUUCGUCUGGAUGCAGAUCCUGCAUGUAUCAGUUGCGUUUAUUACACAUCCUCUUUGAGCCAGAAAGGCAAGAUGGUAGCGGCAAGUGAUGGACGAAUACCGCUCACACGCAGUCUCGCUUCACCUGUCAGGCUCCUCCUUUACGGUAUCCCCGGCACCAAGGACACCGUGCGUCGUGUCCUCACAUCGAAAUUUCCUCACUGCAUUCCGGCAUCUCCGGACCGGCUCUUCGCUCGAGGUUCUGCUUCAU